AUGCAUGCACCGACUCUUUCUCUCGCUUUCUCUGUCUCGCUCCGCCUCGCGAGUCCAUUUGAGGAAAGGGAAUCAAGGACGGCGAAUGAGCGAGCGGCCACUUGCUCCAGGCCAUUUCGAGCAGGAGAAUCGUACAUCAACUCACCGUCGUUUGUCUGUUUGUCGUUGCUUUCAUCGCGAGUGACAGACGUGGCGGCUGCUCAGAAUCGCAACCCCCCGUCGCAGGAUAUGCCAUACACCAGCACAAGCCCCAGGCGAUCAGCGCUUCCCCAACCCACCCCCCGGCCAGCGGGCCAGCGGGGCUGCGAGCCAGCCCAGCCCCAGCCCCAGCCCCGCCCCGCCCGGCCGCCCCCCGUCUCGGUGCCCCCACUCUGUUGGAACCUGAGACGAGCGCACCAUAUCCAGGCAGUAGACUUACAGAGCAAAGCUCUGUCAUGGGUCUCGCGAGUGCGAGGCGCUUUUGUUCGCUUUUGGGGGUGCCCAUUGUGCCGGCUGGCGCCCAUCCAAGCCCAGCCUCCCCCGCCCCCCUCACCCCCCUCCCCUUCCAUGGGGCAGCCUUCCCCCGAUCCUGUAGAGUAUUUUUCUCGUCAUCGCCUCCCUCCCCCCCCCCAUCCACAUCCAUGGACGCCAGUGGCAGUUCUGGCAACCGCCGGCCCACCUCUCUCCGUCGUCAGAACAGAACGAGAUGUCCUGACGGGGCCUGGGCCUGGGGCUCUGGCCCCAUGGGGCUGGGGCUGGGGCUGUGACGGGUCGAGCUGUAUGAUGCGUGCGAGGUUUUGA